AUGUCUUCCUUCGGUCGGUCUUUUUCCGCUGCUUCACCCGUUAUGGCUCUUCCUCCCCAGCCCGCCCAUCAAGCGAGCUUCGGCAUGGAACCAUACGCACCCCAGGCCGCGCCCUUUGGCCAACCCACCGCCUUCAAACGCUGCCCUGCGCCGCCGGCAAAGCCUGCCGCAAGCUUUCGAGUCGCCGGUCGCAAACGCUCUCGCGACGAGGCUGCCCCCAACCUGGUUACGGACGAGCCUGAACCACACGCCGCCCCCAAAGAACCCGAGGAAGAGUGGGAGUAUGGCCCUGGCAUGGUUCUCAUCAAGAAGGGUGGCUACGUUGCGGACGCCAGCAGUCAGUCUGGUACCUGGGUUGAGGAAAAGGCGGCGCAGGAGGAUGUUCGCAAAUCACAGGAGGCCAUCACACGUCUCCACGAACAGCAACAACGCCCGUCUUUGCGUAGCAACAAGUCUCAACGUCUUACUCAGGCCAUCAUGCCAACCCUCGACGUCGCCCAGCCAGCCAUGGCGUCUACAUCCGAGCCUCUGCCUCUGGAGAACUCCAUGCAACCAAUUAUCGACCAGUUCACACUUCACCUCGGCAUUGGCUGGAGACGCAUCAGCGAAGACCAACACAUUCAAGCCGCGGCACGCGGCUGGGCCCGAUUUAUUGAGAACCAUUACCCUGUUUCUUCCGCCAUUGUUCGGCUGGAAAGCAAGGGACUACAAUCGUACCUCGUCGAGGCCGCGGAGGGUUUCUUCCUCUUCGCAGAGGAUCUCCGUCAAGGCCGUCUUGUAAGCAGAGACGCGGAGGGCGCUAUGAAGAAUCUUCAGUGCUCGCCUCCGACUUUUGAUGGUUCAGAGACUUUGAUUGCGACAGAAUCGCCGGCAGCAACAGGACCAGCCAACAUGAUGGAGGCUGACAGCAAUAUGGUCAUGUAA